GGUAUAAAUAAGAACUCCCGAUAAUGAAUUCGUUUCAACAUUAUUGCAAUGGUGUAGAAUACGCGUGUCGGGGUAAACGUGUCAAGGUACCGUCAGCGUAGCGCAACGAUUCCGGUGACGACACGCAACCAACACACGUAGAUUCAACAAGGAAAUCAGACGAAGGUGCGUUUAUUUCCAUGGCAACGUGACGACGCACGGAUUCUUAACCACGGAUACGCAACACGGCUCGGGGAACGAAGCGGAAGCUGAAGCAGCGACAAACUACUACCAGGAUACGCAAAUGUGAUCACGAGAAGGAAGGAUAUGAUAAACUGUGGCCGAUGAAGGAGAGAGCACGAGCACGAGUACGAGCAGGAGCACGAGCAAGAACAAGCGGCUUCGUCGAGGAAGGCGAGAAGAAGCGACGACGAGGCGGCGGCAGCAGCAAUACCAAUAAAAAGAUCAACACUAGAUCUGAUGUUAGCGGACAUUAACGGUAACUUGGCGGAUCUGAGAAGCGAAGCGAUGGCGUCGCAGAGGUUUUGUCUGCGCUGGAAUAAUCAUCAAAGUAAUCUACUCUCUGUUUUCGACCAACUGCUCCAUGACGAGUCGUUCGUCGACGUUACGCUGGCCGUCGAGGGUCAGUUACUCAGGGCACAUAAGAUGGUGCUGUCGGCGUGUAGCCCUUAUUUUCAGGCCCUUUUCGUCGGCCACCCCGACAAGCACCCGAUAGUCAUUCUUAAAGAUGUCCCCUACGUGGACAUGCGCAGCCUUUUGGAUUUCAUGUAUCGCGGAGAGGUCAGCGUCGACCAGGACAGGUUAACCGCCUUCUUGAGAGUUGCUGAAUCUCUCAGGAUAAAGGGCCUGACCGAGGUAAACGAGGACAAGUGUGACUUGCCUAGUAUUACCUCUUCGUUGCUUGGCAAUCAAAACACAGUACCUCCACCACCACCGAAUCUACAUAGAAUAAACCAAAUUGGGCCUCACCAUCACGUCUCGCAGAAGAGGAUGCACCAUAUGUCGAGUCAUCCUCUCCUUGGUUCGGCCUUAUCCGCGCCAAAGAGGAAAAGGGGAAGGCCGAGGAAGCUGAGCGGUUCCUCAGACACACCGAUCGGCGAGAUCUCCGGCCAGGAGUUGCAGUCUUGUUCAGGGGCAGAUCUUGUACAAGGCUCGCCCGAGAUGAUGGAAAUGAAGAUGAGUAUCGACUUUCAGAGCGAGGGUACCGGGAAUGGUAGUGGAAGAAGUGGGAAUGCCGGUGGUGCCGCUUCGGCGAGUAGUAAUAACGUGAGCAGCAAUAACGUCGGGAACAAUUCAGGAUCGGCGACGACCGGUAAUCUCGCCGCUUCAUCCUUGUCGUCGUCGUCGACGACGAGAAAGGACGAGCCGACGGAGAACGGUACAGACACGCCGGAAUCAUUGACACCUAGAGUGAAACGGGAACCCGAACCAACGCCUAGCACCUCUGCCCAAGCCUCUGACGAGACGUUUGCGCGGCCGCACAGUAGACAAGGAAGCGAAGGUUUCAAGCAAGAGUUUUCAUCGGGCAACGGAAAGGUGGACGGCGACACGUGGAAAGAGAAGACACGAAAUCUCGGCGGCACAGGUUCGUCAUCGUCGAGUCAAUCGGUCACGGAGUCGUCGAACGCGAGAUCACACGCAACGAGCGGCAACAGUUCAUUGACCACGAGCACCAGCUCGGCCUCCAGUUCCGGUACAACGACAACCACCACGUCCACGAGAAGUUCCUCAGCGUCGCCCGCUACCGGAAGGAACAACGCGCAGAACAACGGAGGUGGCAGCAGUAGCGGUAGCCCAGCGCCUACCACCAAUUCCUCGUCGACGAGCGGUCACCAAAUCGGCACUAUGUCCGCACCGCCUGGUCGACAAGUCCCCAAGAGACGUAUGAGACGUCGCGCGACUUCUCACUCGCAAGAUCCGGCCGAACAACUCACGGAGAUGUCCGUGCGCGGUCUGAAUCUCUUUCGUUACGCCUCGAUCUCUGAGGGUGUCUAUCAGUGCACCGAGUGUGCGAAGCUCGACAUUCAGAAGACGUUCAAGAACAAGUACAGCUUCCAACGACACGCUUUCCUUUACCACGAAGGCCAUCAGAGGAAGGUGUUCCCGUGUCCAGUAUGCGGCAAAGAGUUCUCCAGGCCUGACAAGAUGAAGAAUCACAUGAAAACCGUUCACGACUGUUUCAUGCCGAAGGACUGCGUCGUACCGUUCGGUUUUUUUCUCUCGCCUUAGCGGGAGGCGCGAGGGCGAGAUGGGGUGGUGGCGAUCGGUCCGAGAAGAAGAGCGACGCCGGCGGCGAACGACAAUGCGAGAAGAAGAAGAGAGGAAACGGACACGGCUGGUAGUAGCGACCUCCAUAGUAACGCGAGGAGCACGAUCUCGAGGACGAGUUUAAGGCAGCAACAACCUGGUGGUGCCGUGAACUCGAGGAUGCUCGCCGUAUUCAGGCGGGGCCGUUUAUGAGAGAGAGAAUCCUACCUUCGUUUAGAAAACUGUUGUGUCUUCUCAGCAUCGCCCUAGGUCUAGUCACCCGAUUCAAGAUGAAAACAAAAUGACAAUAGACAUCUACCACACUUACACGUGCAUGCACA